GAAAGAGUCUCUUUGUACUAAACAUGGCGACUGAUCGGCUGAUUUUUCAACCUUUGCAACGAAUUCAAGAAAAUGCACAUGUUAAAUCUUUUGAAGAAUAUAAGACAUUACACACUGAGUCUGUUCAAGAACCGAGUAAAUUUUGGGGAAAAAUUGCAAAACAAUUUUAUUGGAAGAAGGAGCCUUCAGCCGAAAAAUUUUUACAAUACAACUUCGAUGUCAAAGAAGGUAGCAUAUCUAUCAAAUGGAUGGAAGACGGCGUAACAAAUGUCUGCUACAAUAUGCUUGAUAGAAAUGUUAAAAACGGUCUUGGUGAUAAAAUAGCUUUCUAUUGGGAGGGAAACGAUCCAGAAGAUUGUGGAAAAAUUACUUAUAAGCAGCUCUUGGAGAAAGUUUGCAAGUUCUCUAACGUCCUAAAAUCCCUUGGAGUGAAAAAAGGAGAUACAGUUGCCAUUUACAUGCCUAUGAUAAUUGAAUUGACUGUAGCUAUGCUGGCUUGCGCCCGUAUUGGAGCAGUUCACUCCAUAGUUUUCGGAGGAUUUUCCUCUACGUCCUUAGCUGAGAGAUUGAUGGAUGGAAACUGUCAUGUCGUUAUUACAGCAGAUGGAGUUUGGAGAGGAACAAAAUUAUUGAAUCUGAAAGCGAUUGUAGAUGGCGCUCUUCAAAUAUGCGAAAAAACAAAUCAUAAAAUUGAAAAGUGUGUUGUCGUAAGACACUUAUCACCGGAUAUGGAAAAAAUUGUUGCUGAUGAGGCUGGGGAUUCAUCGAACAAUAGCGACGAUGAUCCUAUUGCAAAGCGACCUUGUCGCACGCUAGAGUUAAAAUGGAGAAAGGGUCGGGACGUUUGGUGGCAUGAACUAAUGAAAAAUGCUGCCCCAACGUGCGAGCCAGAAUGGCUAGAAGCCGAAACCCCUUUGUUUAUGCUGUAUACCAGUGGGUCAACUGGAAAACCAAAAGGUGUUCUACACACUCAAGCCGGAUAUAUGUUAUAUGCCGCUACAACUUUUAAAUACGUUUUUGAUUAUCAUGCCGAGGAUAUUUAUUGGUGCACUGCCGAUGUUGGCUGGAUCACAGGACAUAGCUAUGUGUGUUACGGUCCACUCGCUAAUGGUGCAACUAGUAUUAUAUUUGAAGGAGUACCACUUUAUCCUGAUCCAGGACGAUUUUGGGCCAUUGUUGAAAAAUACCAAGUUAGCAAGUUCUAUACGGCUCCAACUGCCAUAAGAACUUUAAUGAAAUAUGGAGAUGAUUACGUUAAAAAGUAUGACACCACUUCUUUAAAAGUACUUGGAACUGUAGGAGAACCAAUUAACCCUGAAGCCUGGUUAUGGUAUUAUAAUGUUAUUGGUAAUGGUCAAGCAGCCAUAUCAGAUACUUUCUGGCAAACAGAAACCGGUGGUCACGUCUUAACGCCCUUACCUGGGGCAAUUCCACUUAAACCCGGCUCUGCGACUUUUCCAUUCUUUGGAAUAAUGCCAGAGCUAUUGACAGAAGAUGGCCAAAUCAUCACAGAGGCAAACGUUGAAGGCUAUUUGGUAUUUAAACAACCGUGGCCCGGUAUAAUGAGAACUGUAUUUGGUAACCAUGAACGGUUCGAAACGACUUACUUUAAAAAGUUUCCCGGCUAUUAUUGCACUGGGGAUGGAGCGAAGCGUGAUGAGGACGGAUAUAUUUGGGUUACGGGUAGAAUUGACGAUAUGCUCAACGUUAGUGGUCAUCUAUUAAGUACGGCCGAAAUUGAAUCCUCUUUAAUAGAACAUCCUAACAUUGCUGAGGCAGCUGUUGUUGCCCGGCCACAUGAUGUAAAGGGCGAAUGCUCUUAUUGCUUUGUUACACUCUGUGAGGGAGCUGAAUUUAACGAAGAAUUGACAAAAGAAUUAAUUAAACUUGUCAGACAAAAAAUUGGACCAUUUGCUCAACCUGAAUUUAUUCAGGAGGCUCCAGGACUACCAAAAACUAGAUCCGGAAAGAUAAUGAGACGAGUUUUACGGAAAAUCGCAGUUAACGAUAGAAAUUUGGGUGAUGUGUCAACUAUGGCCGAUGAAAGUGUAGUGGAAACUUUAUUCUCUCUUAGACCGAAAGGAGCAUGCACGCUCAUUGCAGGUGUCCUCUGGAUGUUUAAUUUUGAAGUUAAAUUUUAUCCAUCUGAUCCAGCGGAACUAAAAAAGAAUAUCACUAGGUUUGUUUUUGUGAUUCGACGGAUAACACAUGCUUUACUUGGAUCAUAUAUUGUUCAAGCUGAACUAGGAGAUUACGAUCCAGCCGAACAUGGACAUGAUUUUAGCUACUUAAAAGAUAUGAAGUUUGCUCCUCAGCAGACCGAGGACUUGCUUAUCAAAAUUUCCGAACUGCAUAAACAACACAGAGGUCAAAAGCCGGAUCAGAGCGAAUUGCAUUAUCUUGAAAAUGCUAAAAAAUUGGCUAUGUAUGGUGUCGAUAUGCAUCAAGCAAGGGAUUCGGGAAGUGUUGAAAUCAUGUUAGGAGUAUGUGCUAGUGGACUCCUAAUUUAUCGAGAUCGACUACGAAUCAAUCGUUUUGCUUGGCCUAAAAUCUUGAAGAUUUCAUAUAAGCGAAAUUACUUCUACAUCAAAAUUAGACCGGGAGAAUUGGAUAACAUCGAAAAUACCAUUGGAUUCAAACUGGCUAGUCACAAACUAGCAAAACGUUUGUGGAAAACUGCUGUUGAACAUCAUACUUUCUUUAGACUGAAAGAAGCAGAACCAAUUAUGAAAAAAGGAAUGGUAAUUGGUCCUAAUAAAUAUAGGUAUUCUGGAAGAACGCAAUGGCAAGCUAUGUCAAGUGAAGUUGAUAGGGAACAACCGGCAUUCCACCGAAUAUGGAAGCAUUCUGACAAUGGCAUCUUAUAA